UUAAUUAGCAUACACCCAAACAGUUUUCAGUGUAGUCGUUGGUUCUAAGAAACGAUGGAGAUGAAGCUUUCCAACUGUUUACCGAGCCAAAAAUGGUGCGGAGGAGGAGCACCUUUUGUUAGACAAGUAAAUGUUCGAUUCUAUCCACUGUCUUCUCAACGUUUGCUUCCACUUCUAGCUUCCGGCAAAAUGCGCCACCGCAACUUCAGUUUGCAGAACAAGAGACAACAAACCAAGAAAACAAAUAUUGAACGCCCGACAAAUGUUGAUCUUCAGUCAAGUGAUGCUGUAGAUUCCAAUACGAAAAAUAUGUCCAAACAAAACCUAUCAAGUUCAAAUCAGGAAAGCUCAAUCAAAGAAAACGUUGACACUUUGACAGAAGCCGGAAGCUCCGAGGAGAUUAGUUAUUUGUCUGUCGACUCAAAUGAGGAGGAACAACCUUCAAGUGUUCAUCUUCAGGAUUUGAUUGGCAUGAUAAGAAAUGCGGAAAAGAAUAUUCAUCUACUCAAUGAAGCUCGAAUUCGUGCAUUAGAAGAUCUUCAAAAAAUUCUUGGAGAGAAAGAGGAUUUGCUUGGAGAGAUCAACAUUUUAGAAAUGAAGCUGGCAGAAACUGAUGCACGGCUCAGAGUUGCUGCCCAAGAAAAAAUACAUGUGGAACUUCUAGAAGACCAGUUGGAAAAGUUGAAAAACGAAUUGUCUAGCAGUAGAAGCAGAGAAGAAAAUGUGCUUCAUGUGAAUAAUUCAGUUCCUCUUUCAGAUAACGAUUCUGUUAAUUCACUGAGCGAGGAACUUGAUUCCUUAAGGAAAGAAAAUAUAUUAUUGAAGCAGGAUCUUCAAGCGUUGAAGUCAGAGCUUACUAAUAUCAAGGAAACAGAUGAACGCAUUUUAAUGCUAGAGAAAGAACGAUCAGUUCUUGAAUCUUCUUUAAGUGAGUUGGGAUCUAAACUAGCUACAUCUCAGGAAGAUGUUUCAGAGCUCUCUGCCUUGAAAUAUGAGUGCAAAAAUUUAUAUGAAAAGGUGGAACACUUACAAACAUUGCUAGCUAAGGCAACUAAACAAGCAGAUCAAGCAAUAUCAGUGCUACAACAAAACCAAGAGCUGCGAGAAAAGGUUGAUAGGCUUGAAGAAUCACUUGAAGAGGCUAGUACCUAUAAGCUUUCAUCUGAACUAAUGCAGCAAAAGAUGAAACUUCUUGAUGAACGUCUUCAGAGGUCUGAUGAAGAGAUACAAUCUUAUGUCCAGCUCUAUCAGGAUUCUGUCAAGGAGUUUCAAGAUACACUCGAUAAUUUGAAAGAGGAAACUAAAAAUAAAGCUCUAGAUGAACCUGUAAAUGAUAUGCCUUGGGAAUUUUGGAGUCAGUUGUUGUUGAUGAUUGACGGUUGGUCUAUGGAAAAGAAAAUCACAAAGGAUGACGCAAAGUUGUUAAGAGAACUGGUCUGGAAGAAAGAUGGACGUAUCUGUGAUGCAUAUAUGUCAUGCAAGGAAAAGAAUGAACGUGAAAUUAUAGCGAGAUUUCUUAAAUUUACGUCAUCGUCAACACGUCCGGGACUGCAUAUCAUCCAUAUUGCAGCAGAGAUGGCGCCAGUUGCAAAGGUAGGUGGUCUAGGGGAUGUGGUGACAGGUCUUGGCAAGGCUCUGCAGAAGAAAGGACACCUUGUGGAAAUUGUUCUUCCUAAAUAUGAUUGUAUGCAGUAUGAGUCAAUUAAAGACAUGAAGGCCUUAGAUGUGGUUGUUGAGUCUUACUUUGAUGGUCGGUUAUACAAAAAUAAGAUCUGGACGGGCACUGUUGAAGGCCUUCCUGUCUAUUUCAUUGAGCCUCAGCAUCCUGGUAAAUUCUUCGGGAGAGGACAACUUUAUGGGGAGCACGAUGAUUUCAAACGAUUUUCAUUCUUUAGCAGGGUAGCACUUGAGUUACUACUUCAUGCUGAAAAGAAACCAGAUAUAAUUCAUUGCCAUGAUUGGCAAACAGCUUUUAUUGCACCACUUUAUUGGGAUCUAUAUGUGCCAAAAGGAUUGGACACAGCGAGGAUUUGCUUUACAUGCCAUAAUUUUGAGUAUCAAGGGACUGCACCAGCAUCAGAAUUAACAUCUUGUGGUCUUGAUGCUUAUCACUUGAACAGACCAGACAGGAUGCAGGACAAUUCAGCAAAUGAUAGAAUAAAUUCCGUGAAGGGUGCAAUUGUGUUUUCUAACAUUGUUACCACAGUUUCACCAACUUAUGCUCAAGAGGUCCGGACUGCUCAGGGAGGAAAAGGACUUCAUGCAACAAUUAACUCCCACUCUAAGAAAUUUGUUGGAAUUCUGAAUGGAAUUGAUACUGAUGCUUGGAAUCCUGCUUCUGAUAAUUUUCUUAAGGUCCAGUAUAGUGCCAGUGACAUAGAGGGGAAAUUAGAAAAUAAAGAAGCUUUAAGAAGACUUCUAGGGCUCUCUUCUUCUGAAAUUAGACGACCAUUGGUUGGUUGCGUAACAAGACUGGUUCCUCAAAAGGGUGUGCAUCUUAUUAGACAUGCCAUAUAUAGGACUUUGGAGUUGGGAGGUCAAUUUGUUCUUCUUGGUUCUAGUCCUGUGCCACAUAUUCAGAGGGAGUUUGAGGAUAUCAGAAACCAUUUCCGAACUCACGAACAUGCUCGGUUGGUAUUAAAGUAUGAUGAGGCUCUUUCCCAUUUGAUUUAUGCAGCAUCUGACAUGCUUAUCAUCCCAUCCAUCUUUGAGCCUUGCGGCCUUACUCAGAUGAUAGCGAUGAGAUAUGGGUCUAUACCAAUAGCUAGGAGAACAGGGGGCUUGAAUGAUAGUGUUUUCGAUGUUGACGAUGACACAAUCCCGGAUCAGUUUAGAAAUGGAUUUACGUUUGUGACUGCUGAUGAACAGGGAUUCAACAAUGCCUUGGAACGUGCAUUUAACUACUACAUGAACAAUGCUGAGACUUGGAAAGAGCUGGUUCAGAAGGACAUGAACAUAGAUUUUAGUUGGGAUUCGUCAGCAUCACAAUAUGAAGAACUUUACGAUAAGGCUGUUUUGAGGGCAAGAACUGCAAGUCGUAGUUGAUCUCUUUCUAACCAUGAUUUGUUAAUUCAUUGAUCUAAGCUGCUUGUCAGUGCCAUCAUUCCGUGGUGAUAGCAUCCAUUAGGGGAUAACUGGGCGAGCAACCCUUGACAGAACAUUGUGAUUCAUAACAGUAAAAUGCAUGUAUGAUGUCGGACGUCAAAGGUGAAAGUCAGAAUUGACAUACCAUCUGCGAAGCUUUUCCGGCAAGAAAAUGAACAACAGAGUUUUACAAAUUUGUAUAAAUCUCUAUGUUGUUAGUAAAUAUACAUUCUUUUCGACCAAAUAUGUAGUUAGUAUAUACUUCGCAUAGUGCUUACAACUUAAAGCAGAAACACAGACAGUGUAGUCAACUUGUUUAGUACGUGAGAUCUUGUAUAGAUUUUAAAGAGAAUCCAUUAAAUUCCAUAAGCUGCUCUGGUCUGUAAAAUCAAGUUUAAGCUUUUAACAGCUUUACAGUGUUUUUAGUUACUCGAAUGUCCAGUGGUCAUUAGGCCUU